AUGACUUUAGGGACCAACGAAUCUGGGAAUGUUGGUGGCUGGAAUGAUUGUCCAACUCCAAUGUUGUCUUCCUCAGGAUCGGUCAAAUUAUCAAGGCGAAGAAACCAGAGAGUCAACCAUAUUUUCGGAGACAUUUCCAGCAAUGAGUCCAAUUCAAGUUUGUCUAGUCCCUCAGAUGGCUUGAAGCACCCUAACUCUUCUAAGGUGCUGCACUCUCCGGUUACUGGAAGGUCAAACGUGGACCUACAAAUACACAAAGAUAUUGAGUUAAAUUCAAAUAUCGAUGUUCACGAACGCAUACAAAGGCUCUUUGAGCUUCCAAGCCUUUUGGCUUCAAAUAUCCUAGAUGCACACCGGAAAAAACUACAAUCCACAGAUGAGACAAUAUUACGUAAAUAUGCAACAUUUAUUGAUGGAAUAGUUACAGAGGCAGAUCUCAUUAGUCGCGGUGAAUCAACAACCAGUGUUAGGAAAUUAAGGCAAAAGAUUGUAGAUUUUAUGAUUCUUAAUGAUGGCGUUAGCAGCUGGAGCCUUCCAUUAAAAAAUGUUAUAGAGAGUUUGGAUGUGAACUUUAGUUAA